AUGGAGGAGAUCAAGACUGCCGGGCCUAGAGUCGACAAGCUGCAGUAUGACGAGAAGGCUGUCGAUACCGGCUCCCAGGAGGGCGGCGAUGUCGAGAAGCAGGACUCGUUCCGUGCCGGGACUACCGUCCAGCUUCAGCGCAGAUUACAAUCGCGCCACCUCCAGAUGAUUGCCAUUGGUAUACACGAGACUGAUCCUCAUGAUACUCGACGAGAUUCAUACUGACUUGUUUCUAGGUGGCACUAUCGGAACCGGGUUGUUCAUCGGGUCGGGCUCAGCCCUUUCGACAGCCGGUCCCGCCGGAGCGCUCAUCGCAUAUGCAUUCGUUGGCACGCUGGUCUACUCCGUGAUGGUGGCACUGGGCGAGAUGGCUACCUACAUCCCGGUCUCCGGAGCCUUCACAGCCUACGCGAGCCGCUUCGUGGACCCGAGUCUAGGAUUCGCCAUGGGCUGGAUUUAUUUCUUCUCUUGGGCUAUCACUUACGCGCUUGAACUCACUGCAAGUGGUCUGAUCAUCCAGUACUGGGCACCCGAUCUCAAUAUCGGUAUCUUCAUCGGUAUAUUCUGGCUCGUAAUUACUAGCGUCAACUUUCUCCCCGUCUCAUUCUACGGAGAAUUGGAGUUCUGGUUCGCGACGAUCAAGGUCGUUACCGUCGUUGGGUUCUUGAUCUUUGCCAUCUGCAUCGAUGCUGGCGCCGGUCACCGAGGAUAUCUUGGAUUCAAGUACUGGGACCAUCCGGGGGCAUUUGCGCCGUAUUUGGUGACAGACAACGAUGCGCUAGCCAAAUUUGUCGCUUUCUGGGCCGUGCUGAUACAGGCCGGGUUUUCAUAUCAAGGAACCGAGCUGGUCGGCAUCGCAGCUGGAGAGACUGCCAAUCCACGCAAAAAUGUCCCAGCAGCCAUCAAGAAGACCUUCUACCGCAUCCUAUUCUUCUUCGUCUUCACGGUCUUCUUCAUCGGCCUGUUGAUCCCCUACGACAAUCCCCACCUGCUUUCCGACAGCACCAAUGCCUCCGCCUCUCCGCUUGUCAUCGCGGCGAAUCUUGCUGGUGUCAAGGUCCUCCCCGGUCUCAUCAAUGCAGUCUUGCUCUGCGUUGUCCUUAGCGCUGCCAACUCCAACGUCUACAGUGCUUCCCGUGUACUUGUCGGCUUGGCUGAAGGGAAAGCCGCACCGAACUGGGUCAAGCGGACUUCUGCCUCGGGCGUACCGUACCUGGCGGUGGCCUGCACCGCCGCAUUCGGCCUUCUGGGAUUCAUGAACGAGUCCUCGUCCGGUGGUCAGGUCUUCAACUGUGAGUCCCCUGUUUUCGUCCUGCAAUCCCACUUACAUGGCUGGAAGCUGACAGGUGCAUUCAGGGUUCGUCAACAUCACUUCCAUCGCCGGAUUCAUCGUCUGGUAAGUUUGACAACCUCUCCUCCGCACUUUCCAUACCGUGGCGCUGACAUGGACUCCCCCCUACAGGACCUGCAUCAACAUCUGCCACAUCGCCUUCAUGCGCGCCCUCUCCGUCCGAGGCCAAUCCCGCGACACACUGCCCUACAAAGCCUUCUGGCAACCGUGGUUCAGCUGGUACGGCAUCUUCUUCAACGUCCUCAUCAUCAUCACCAACGGCUUCACGGCCUUUAUGCCCUGGAGUACAUCCGGCUUCUUCGUCGCAUACGUCUCCCUCAUCAUCUUUGUGGCACUAUACCUCGGCCACAAAGUGGUAUACCGCACGCGGUUCGUGAAUCCCGCGGACGCGGAUCUGGAUUCGGGACGCAAGGAGGUGGAUGCGGUGGAGAUUGAGGAGGCGGAGCCCACGACGCUGUGGGGCAAGUUUUGGGCUUGGAUGGCUUGA